AUGAGUCUGGUCUUCCUUCGGGUGUGGCUGCUCCUGGCGCCCGUCGCGGCCUUCUACUUGCCCGGUGUCGCCCCUCACGAGUACCUCGACAACGAAAAGGUCAACAAACUCUCGUCGACAAAGACGCAGCUGCCGUACGACUACUACUCGUUGCCCUUCUGCCGCCCGGCCGAGGUGGUCAACAAGAUGGAGAACCUGGGCGAGGUGCUCCACGGCUCCGUCAUCAAGAACUCGGCGUACGACAUAUCGAUGGGCAAGAUCGAGUUCCGCGUGCUCUGCAAGCGGACUCUCGAGCCUGCAGAGGCGACGCUGCUGCACACGCGGAUCCGGCAGGACUACCGCGUGCACAUGAUCAUGGACAACCUGCCCGCCGCCACCAAGAUGAUCCGCGAGCUCCCCGACGGCCAGACGAUUGUCAUGUACGACCGCGGCUACCCCCUCGGCUUUGUCGGGUCUGCAGAGCGGCAGGGCUCCGUGCCGGGCGGCGCCUACCUGCACAACCACCUGCGGUUCGUGCUCAAGUACCACAAGGACGCGGCGUUCGACGGCGCGCGGAUCGUCGGGUUCGAGGUCGAGCCCCUCUCCGUCAAGCACAAGUACAAGGGCGCCUGGUCUGACGACGCCUCCCAGCUCCAGCUCCUCACCCUGCCCGUCGGGCACGACUCGCCGCCGCUGCGAGCGGACAGGAAGCGCUGCGGAGCGAGAGGCGGCUUGCGCGUGCGGCGUGAGGCGACAGGGCCGGUGGUGUACACGUACGACGUUAAGUGGGAGCCGUCGGACGUCAAGUGGGCGAGUCGCUGGGACCUGUACCUGUACAUGGGGGACGACCAGAUCCACUGGUUCUCAAUCAUCAACUCUCUCGCGAUCGUCCUGCUGCUCACCGGCAUCGUCGCCAUGAUCAUGAUGCGCACGCUGAGGAGGGACGUGUCGCGGUACAACUCGCCCGAGGACAAGGACGACCUCGCCGAGGCGACGGGCCCAUCGCCCGCCCCCCCGGCGGCCUGCUCCCCUACUCUUCUCUUUGUCUUCUCUUGUUACCACCCCUCCUCCUCAUCAGGCGGCCUGCUCACCGCCACGCUGCUCACUUUCAUGCUGAUGGGCGUGCCGGCGGGCUACUGCGCCUCCCACACCUACAAGGCACUCAAGGGCACCGAGUGGAAGCUGGUCACCGUGCUCACCGCCACCCUCUACCCCGGCGCCAUCGCCGCCACCCUGAAGUGUCUCAUAGGCCAGCAGUCCUCGGGCGCCAUCCCGUUCGGCACGAUGGUGGUGCUGCUCCUCAUGUGGUUCGGCGUGUCGGCGUGGUACAUGGUCGGAGCCUUCAACGUGCUCAUGGGCGGCAUCCUCCCCUUCGGCGCCAUCUUCAUCGAGCUCUUCUUCAUCAUGACCUCCGUCUGGCUGCAGCGCUUCUACUACGUGUUCGGCUUCCUCGCGCUCGUGCUGCUCAUCCUCAUCAUCACCUGCGCCGAGAUCUCGAUCGUGCUCUGCUACUUCCAGCUCUGCAACGAGGACUACAACUGGUGGUGGCGCGCCUUCCUCACCUCUGGCUCCUCGGGGCUGUACCUGUUUGGCUACUCGAUCAUGUACUUUCACUCGCAGCUCGAGAUCGACGGGUUCGUGCCCACCCUGAUGUACUUCACGUACAUGGCGGUCUUCUCGACCCUCUUCUUCCUCGUCACGGGCACGAUCGGCUUCUACUCGUGCCAAAAGUUUGUCUGGGCGAUCUACGCCGCCAUCAAGGUGGACUGAGCUGCAGAGACCGAGGUCGCAGGCGGUGAGAGCGGAGCGUUGGACCCCUCUGAACGCAAGCAAGGCUGGGGCGUGGCGAGGGGACGGCCGAUGCGUGGCGCGUGCGCGGCUGGGGCGUGUGCGAGGGACCGGAGACGGACGUGGGCCCAGCGGGGCCCAGAGAUUCGGCGACACACCAGCGCCCGUCAAGAGUCCCCGACGCCCAGUGUCAUGACCCGGGAAUAUACACCGUGUGAAGUGCUGCGAAGAGGUCGGUGAAGCGAGAGAGAAUAGUUAGGGUGUGUGUCGCGUGUUCUCCUCUCCCCGGGGCGCUGCCAGGCAAUUCCAAUUUUAUGGAAGGCGUCGAUUACUCAA